AUGUGUGUGCUUCGUUUUGUUUUGUACUUCUGAAAUAGUGCGAUUUUGGUGAUAAUUUUGAUUGGAAAAUUCGUAAUUAACUGGCGCAUCGCUCCCCAAGUGAACGUUUAAGAUGCUAGCCGGUGAUAGCAUUAUGAAGCCUUUCGAUCGCCAAUUUGUGGCGACGCACUUGAAGAAAUUGCUGAGCUGCCCGAAAUGUCAAAGCGAUUAUGCCCUCAAAAGUACUAAUGGAGAGGAGAACCACCGUCCCUUCCUGCUGCCCUGCGGCCAUAACUUGUGCGAGAAGUGCUUGGGGGAUGACUUUAACGCGCAGUGCGUCUUCUGCUCGAAGGCAGCGCUGCCGACCGUAAACGCACAGGAUUGUGCAAACAGCUACGGCUUGCCGUACCAACUGGACUACCAUGUGAUGGGCGAGCUGGCCGAACUGGAGAACAUCCGCCGCUCUUCGACGGAUCACCUUCGACGCUUGGUCGUGAGUAAUGGAGAGAAACAGCGUCACAGCGUCUAUGUGCCAAAGUGCAGCGAGUGCAUCAGCAGCGUGGCCUCGCGCAAUUGCAAGCAGUGCGAUGCCUUAUACUGCAAGCACUGCUUCGAGUCGGUGCACCAACACAGUCGCGUGCUGAAGGCGCACGCCUUCAAGUACCUGAACGAGGGUGCCGGUGAUGCACGCAAAUGCAUAGUCGUAGGCAAUGACGCCUUCGUCAUGCCCCACCAGAUAAACUGCAACGUCCACCAGAUGGUCUGCAACAUCUACUGCCGAUCCUGCAAGGUGACCGUCUGCGGCAAGUGCGUGGACAAAUACCACGAGGCACACCAGCACCAACCGCUGUCGGAAAUAAAUCUCCGCCAUGAAUCCGAGAUACCGGCCUGCAAGAUCUCGCUGGAGUCUGCGCUGCGCAGCAUUCACAACGGCCAGGCGCUGGUGCGCUCGGUCAGUGGGCAGCAGAGCGGCUAUGCUGCCGAUGCGCUGGCCGACAUACAGCUGCGCUAUGGCCAUCUGCAUGGACUCCUGCAAGCGUCCGAGCUGCGGCUCACCGAGAAGCUGCGCGAGGCGAGCCUGCCGGGCCAAUUGGAGCUGAAGAGAGCGUUGGAUAUGCUGGAUGGCUACGAGGAUGUCAUCAAGCAACUGCAGCGGCUGCUGGCAACGGGCAGUGGAGUGCCCAAGGACUUGAAGCUCAAGGAAUUGCUGCAACUGACCAGCGAGCAUUUGGAGAAAAUGCCAGCCGCCGUAAAAGUGGACAAGCGGAAUGGCAAUCCCUACAGUUUCUCCAGCACUGACCUGGACUGGUCGCAGCUUAUCGAGGAGCAUUUCCAGUGCGGCUACUCUGAUCCGCGUAUUGAGGUGACUUUUCACAGCAAUUACGUGCCCCAAGGCAGCUCCACGUCUAGCGAGAAUUCAUCGUUUGGCAGCUCGAUUGGCAAGGAGAACGUGUGCCAGCAGGCGGCUCGCAUUCAGCCGCGAGAGCGAGAUCCAAAUCGUAAACAAAAUGUCUAUUUGCGUGAGAAUAUAUCUGAGAAUUUGGAGCGCACAUUCUCAGCCAUGGACAUAAGCACAAAUCAGAAGGUUGAGCCUGCCCCCACCGAUUGGUUCAAGACGGACGCACUCGUUCGUGUUUUAUCCAUCAAGUCGCCGGAGGAGUUUUAUGUCCAAGGCAUCGAGGCGGCGCAGCAAUUGCGCGAGGCACUCGACACGUAUGCGCUGACGCCCAGUUCCACGCCCACGUCGAUUGCGGUGGGCGAGUAUUACUUGGCCUACAGCAAGCAGGAGGAUCGCCAUCAUCGCGUGGUAGUCACUCGGCCACUGGCAGAUCUACCGAACACCUACGAAGUCUUUCUGCCAGACAUUGGACAGCAUAUGCAGCUGCACAGCAGCAACCUCCACGAGCUGCCUUACCAUUUGACGCUGUUCCCAUUUGCGGCGGUACACUGCUGCCUGAGCGAUCUGAAGCCACGCCAGUCGAAGUGGAAUGCGCUGGACACCGCACACUUUAAGAUGGUGCUGAAAAACCAACCUGUGCAUGUGAUUGUCACAUCCCGAAUGCAGCAUUCACGCCACGAAGUGGAUCUCAUCACAACCGAGUCAAAGAUUUCGCUGCGCGAUGCCUUUUUAUACGCGGGGCUGGCGCGCAGUCGUAGCGGCGGCCUGGAGGAAGAAUCAUUGGCCACGCCGGCGCAGCGCAUACCAAAGGCCAAGCAUGGCAUUGGCGCUGUGCUGAUGAUACAAAUGCUUCACGUGAAUCAUCCGCAGGAGUUCUAUGUGAUGCGACACGACUACGAGGGCAGGCGCUCCGAGCUGGAGGACUCGCUGAAGAGCACCAUGGAUCGCAUGGAUCUCAGCAGCUUGGAGAACAUUUUUGUGGGGCGACUGGAAAUGGGUUGCGUGAUGCAAUUGGAGGAGCGUUGGGUGCGCGUUGCCAUCGAAAUGGCGCAGAACGAUGGCUGCGUGACGGUGCGCCUUGUGGACUUUGGCUCCUCACUGCACGUGUCCUGGGAUCGGCUGUACGCACUGCCCAAGGCAUUCAUGCAGCGAGAACUCUGCAUCAAGUGCUGCCUGGCCGACGUGGAGACGCUGCAGGCGAACGACUACGCAUGGACCCCGGCGGCCAUUGCUGCCUUCAAGCAGCUAACAUCGAACCCCAAGAUGCACAUGGAAGUGAUCAGCGUGCACCAGAAUGUGCAUCGUGUGACGCUGGACAUCGUGCGCUCCGGUGCGGAGUCUGUCAGCGUUGGCGUUCAAAUGGUGGCGCUCGGGCACUGCGCCUCGAAUGGCGAGAGCAGCCAGAAGGCAGACACUGAGGCUCACACACUGCCCCUCGAUGUGGACACGCGCAAGCUCAUCGAACAGCGAAAGGGCAUGGAGAGCGAGUCGCAGUCGCAGUCGCAGUCCGAGCAGCAGAGCAAAAAGUAUGCGCACGUGGAGCUGCUGUGCGUGCAGCAUCCCGACGAGUUCUAUGUGAUGCUGCACAGCCACAAGGCAGCUUUGAAGGAUCUGCAGGAUGCUGUGCAGCUAGACGCUGACAUUAGGUACGAUAUUAAUCCCAUCAAGUACGAUUGGGAGGAGGGCGACCUGUGCUAUGCCAAGGUGCGGGCACGGGGCGAUUUGGCAGAGCUCUGGUAUCGCGCCAUCGUGCUGCACGUCACCCUGCCGACCCUGGACCACAGUCUGCCACUGUAUGAGGUGCAACUGCGUGAUCUGGGCGAAGUGGUGCCGAAUGUGGGGGUUGCUUCUAUGGCCCUGAUGUCCGGGGAGCAUCGAAAGAUCGCUGGCAGUGCUCAGCGCUGUCAAUUGUACGGCCUACGACCCAAGAGCGCAGAGUGGACAGCGGAUAAUAUCGAUUUCUUCAAGGAUCAACUGCAGGCCUACGAUCAGCUGUAUGUCAUAAGCCAUGGACGCAGUGGACAGACGCAGCGCGUCGUCUUGUAUGGCUCGCACACGGUGAGCAACGGGCCCUUUACGCCCUCGCGUACUCGCUACGUCAACAUCAACGAGACACUCGUACUCGCCCGAGUGGCCGAGAAGAAUCCCGAUGUGGACUACCAGGAUGACAAGGAUGAGGCAACAGACAAGUCCAGUGAGAAGGAACAGGCGGAGGAGCAAUCGUUUAUAGCUGAAAUCGAUUAUGUGAAGAACUUUACACCCGAAUCGUUUGGGUCGAAGCCGUCGCACUUUGAGCACUGCGACGGUAUGCCGCCCAUGAAACUUCUGCUGGAUCUGGGCCUAGGGAAAGCCACCACGGGACAGGUGAAGCCACCGCCAGCCUGGUUGAAGCCACGGCCAUGCGAGAAAUCUCUCUACACAGGCAGAGUCACGAAUGUGAAUUACGAAUGUGCGCCGUACAUGAGCCUGGCCACCGAUAAGCCAUUCAUGGAGCACAUGUGCACCGUGCUUAAGAAACAUUUCAGUCCGUUGAUGUUGAUGCAGCGUCGCUGUGCUACCACCUAUGCGGUGGGGCAACCAGUGCUGGUCGUCUAUCAUCUGGACAAGCUGCUGUAUCGCGGCAUUGUGCAGCGUCCAAGGAACGAGCAGGGACAGUAUAGCGUGUUCUUCGUGGACUAUGGCAACAGUGAGCAGGCCACAGCGCAGGAGCUGCUGCCAUAUGCGCCAUUUCCCCAACUGAAUGCACUCUGCUGGCUGGUGAGGAUCCACGGCGUGCGGCCGAAGCGUGGCAGGUACACCAUCAAGGAGUUGGACACCGUGCACAAUCUGCUCGUCAUGAAAGUGUGCGGCGUGAGCGUGAAGGAUUACUGCGGACCCAAGAGGAUACCCUCGUGCGAAAUUAAAGUUGAUGCCGGGGACAUAGCCACCCUGAUGGUGCACAGCGGCAUGGCGGUGCUGAAUAAGCAAAAGAUCAGCUGCACACCCAAACUUACUUUGGAUGAGUCUAAAGGGUUUGACGAGCUGCAGACACUGGCUGUGGGUGGUGCCAAAAAGCUGAGGCAGUUUGUGGCUGAUGAAAACAAUUCAACGGCUCUGUCGCCGCCGCUUAAAAAGAAGCUUAAAGUUAAGCAAAAGAAUGCACAGGGACACGCUCAGGAUAUUGACUGCCGCAAUGGGGCAAUCGGCUUUGGUGUCGCAGCUGGCGCAGACAUGAACCUGGAUGUCGAUAGCAGUUCCUCAAUGGAACUGGAGAAUGCCGACACCGACGAGGGCAUUGCCAAUGAGGAUGAUGAGGAGAAGCCAGAUUUUUCCGUGUGCAAGGUACAAUUGUUGCACCGCAUAAGCCUCUACCAAAAGGAAAAAAAGCACAACGCUCGCUUUGUGCCAAUGGACACAUCCACAGUUCGCUCUCUCUAUGCCGGCAUGGACUCAUUCAAGUCGAACAUUUUGCCGUCUGGUGUGUCUAGUUUCAAGUGCUCCGUUGACCGCCUAAUCUCAGCGACUGAACUACAAAUUUCGCCCGAUCUCUGUGAGUUUACCAAGCGCAAUGUUAGCCUGAUGCAGGAAACAAGCGCCUUGGUGCAUAAAGCGGCGCCACUGCUGCCGAUGGUGGAUGAUUUGUGCUUGGCGCGUUACUCCAAGGAUGAGCUGUGGUACCGUGCGACCGUCCGAGAAGUACACAUGACCACCAAGCAAGCUACCGUGUACUACGUGGACUUUCAUGACACCGAAACGGUGCCCUAUGCCCACCUCAAGGUGAUGCCCGAGCAACUGUUGGCCUUCCCUUUGCGCUCCCUGUGCGUCAGGCUGCACGGGGUGAAGCGCAACAAGAAAUUCGGGGACAAGACCGUUUAUCAGGCACUGGAAGCUUGCCUCUGCAAGUAUCCCGAAGUCUAUGCCAGAGUUCAUUGCACCAACUCCAACUACUCUGGCAGCAAGGCUGACCGCAUCGAUUCUGUUGACUCAUCCAGCGAUUCCCUUUGGACUGGCCACAAGCUCAUCGAAGUUCAACUUUUCGAGAGUCCAACCUCGACCAAGCCACUCUAUGAGCCAUUAAUUGAAAAUUGGAUGUUCCUAAAGAAGUGAAAAUAAGCCAAAAAAACAAAUAAUUAUAGAACUAUAAUCUUUCCCCGCCGCAUUUUGAAUAUGCGCCAUUAUUUAAUUUUAAUUUUAACAACAAUAUAAUUUAAAUACAUAAUUGAAUAUGUAGCCCAGUUUUAAGUUUCCAAAAUAAUCUAUAUUUAAUCUUUAUCAUCCGUAAA